GCUCUUUGAAGCUGGGAAGCAAGCAAGGAGGGGCGGGCCUUCCGGGGACGCGCGUGCGCGAGGUCAGGAGCAGGAAUCCUGUUCCUUACUGAUGAAGAAAUGUCUCCGCUUUCGGAGUAUGCACUGCGCAUGUCUCGUCUGAGUGCCCGGAUCUUUGGUGAAGUGGCCAGGUCUACUGACUCAAAGUCCAUGAAAGUGGUGAGCCUGUUUAGCGAGCAGCCCUUGGCCAAGAAGAAAGAGACUUAUGACUGGUAUCCAAAUCACAACACGUACUUUGCGCUCAUGGGCAACCUCCGUUUCCUUGGCCUUUACAGAGAUGAGCAUCAGGACUUUAAGGAUGAGCAAAGACGUCUAAAGAAGCUCCGUGGGAAGGGGAAACCGAGGAAAGGAGAAGGGAAGAGAGCUACAAAAAAGAAAUAGCAUCAGCUCAUCAAGAAAGCAAAUGCCUUCAGUGACUAAGAAAGUGCGUCUCAUUAUCUUUCCGAGUAUUAGGGGAACAUGACUUCCCUCAGUAGACGCCAACCCUGUGUUCACUUUUACUCCAGUUAAGCCCUGACUGGUUUCUUGAAGAUAAUAUUCUAAUCCUUCAAAAUUAUAAUGACCUUGGUUUUGUAAUCUGAAGCAUACCUAAUUCUAUAAUGGAAUGAAUAAACUAUUGUUGACUGAUGUUUAAGAUUGGAA